AACAAUCCACGCAGCUACGGUUGGGGCACCUUGAUAGUAGCCGGCGGAGGCGCAUACUACUUCGCAAAGCGAUCGAUCAACGCCGAGCGCGCCGCAAAAUCCGAGGCCGACUUCAGGAAGCGCCAGAGGCAGUACGAGAUGGAGCAAGCACACAUCAACGGCGGAGGCUCGACAUCCUCGUCGACGAGCUCGCCGUAUGCGCCGCUCCCUUCAGGAAUCAGACCCGUCCCGCCGUCUGUUGUGGACGAGUUGAAGAGGAAGAGGGAGGAGGCAAAGGCUGAUAAAGAUUGGCAUGUCCAGGAUGACAAUGCGGGGCACCCGAGUCAGGAGGCUAAUAGCGAUCCUGCGCCUACGAGACAUGCGCCUGAGGAUGAGUCACAGAAGGUGACGGAGAAGAGCAACUAGGCUUGUGCGAUUGUGGGCGGUCGGUGAAGUUGUGUCGAGCCGGGUGGAGUUAUUUUGUGUACGCAUAUAUCACGAGCGAUGGGUCCUCGCGGAUAAGGAAGGAUGCUUUUUAGGAAAAAAAGAUUCCGCUCUUUGCAUUUGUACUAUAUACAGGUUGGUCUGUUACGAUUACUGAAAUAAAAAUCAUAGCAAAUUGUGAGCC